AUGUGUCUUUUUUUGCAAGUGCCAGUGAAAUAUGUGGUUAUUAAAUCACCGAAAUUUAACUUAAGUUUUUUAAAAAAGUUAAUUAUUCUAUUUAAUCAUAAAAAUUAUCCAUGUUCAUUACUGAAAAGAAAACAUGUUAAUGAACGACAAUUAAAAUUGAUGAUCAAGUCUCGUUUGAAGCGCAGUAAAAGUGGUAAUAAGAUUACAACAAACAAAGUUCAAUUUAUUGUUAUACCAACACCAUACGAUGUCUACUUUAUAAUUAUACCCAAUGUUAUUAUUAUUAUGCUUACAACUGGUUUAAUUAUAUUCUAUUUUAAACAAAGUGCAUCGGUUAAACAGGAAAUUAAUGCAACAGCAAGACGUGAAGUAAGUUUUCACGAUAGAUAA